AUCAGAGCCGUCGCCCUCAACUCCUCGCGAGAGGUGAGGCUGAAGCUGCCUCCGCCAUCUUGGAGAUGGGAGCAGACGGGCGAUGGCUGUGGUCCUGUUAAUGCAAACAACAAUACAGGCGUAUUAAAAGCGCCCUGGAGUGAGCCGAACUUCCUCCGCUCCGACCGGCUGGCGCUAAAGAGGGAAGCAGGGUGUCUAAGUCAGGUGCGUGGUGGCGGCGGCAGCAGCUGCUCCUGCCCGCCCCUACGGCCCAAAGCCGGAAGGAUGGUGCAGUCCUGCUCAGCCUAUGGCUGCAGAAACCGCUACGACAAGGAUAAACCCGUUUCCUUUCACAAGUUUCCUCUUACACGACCUGAUCUUUGUAAAAAAUGGGAAGCUGCUGUCAGAAGAAAAAACUUUAAACCCAGCAAAUACAGCAGUAUUUGUUCAGAACACUUUACUCCAGACUGCUUUAAGAGAGAGUGCAACAAUAAACUACUGAAGGAGAAUGCUGUGCCCACGAUAUUUUGUUUUACUGAACCACAUGACAAGAAUGAGGACCUUCUGGAGCAACAGGAACAGCUCCCGCCCCCUCCUCUAACGCCUCCUGUUUCCCAAGUUGAUGCUGCUCUUGGAUUAUUGAUGCCACCUCUUCACACCCCUAAUAAUCUUGCAGUUUUCUGUGACCACAACUACACUGUAGAAGAUACAGUGCAUCAAAGGAAAAGGAUUCAGCAGCUCGAAGAACAAGUGGAAAAACUUAGGAAGAAGCUCAAGACUGCGCAGCAGCGAUGCCGAAGACAAGAACGGCAGCUUGAGAAGCUCAAGGAGGUCGUCCAGUUUCAGAAAGAAAAGGAUGCAUUAUCUGGAAGGGGCUAUGUCAUUCUGCCCAAUGACUACUAUGAAAUAGUAGAAGUUCCAGCAUGAAGACAUCUCCUCACUUUGUUGGGCCAGGAUUACAAGGCCUUAUCAGAUGAACAGGAGAUUCAUUUGAAAAAUUAAACAUUCUUAAUUCUUUAUGUAAAAGCACUUCAGGACUUUAAAACAAUAAAAUUGAUAUGUAAUGUUAAAAUGUAAAUUUUUUUGUCCAUAGUAAUUUUAGUUUUUUUACAAUUUGACAAAUUUUAAAAGUUAUAGACUAACCUCAGAGUGACAUAAGUUUAUAAUACCUGUUGUAAGAUAGAGGAUUUUUUUUUCUAUUUUCAGUAUUUAUAGAAAUAGUAUAAAAUCUGAAGUGAAAAAAAAUUUAAUACAGUAAAAAUGAUGUAAGUAAAAUGAAAAAUUAUUGGAAUCUGUUGGUUGCAAGAACUGGUGUGGAUUUAAAUGGAAAGUAUGGGUCAGGUCAUGGAACGUACCUUGUCAGCAUAAAUUGACAAUAUUUUAAAAUUAGACAGUUUAUUCAUCCCUCUGCAUCAAUUGGUCAGGCUGUUUUUUUGUGUCAGAGAUUUAGUCGUCUCUGGGAAGGAAAAUAUUAAAAUGCUUUCAGAUUUGACAGUUAAUUCUGUUUUCCAUUCUCUGCAUCUUUUUGCCUAAAAUGUUUUCAUUGUAAUUACUCAAGAAUUUUUCAAUAUUGGUAACCUUUGCUCUACACAGUAUAUACAUUAUAGCUCUAUAAAAUGAAUUUCUGUAAGGAUUCUACUUACCUUCUCCAUCCCUCAACCCCAUUGCUGUUAUAAUACGUUUCCGCAACAGGAAAAAAAAAAACUUUAAGUGAAUUGUUAAUUUUUUGGCAGGGAAGGGAUAUAAAGAUGAUACCUACAUACAUGGCAUACUCUUGGAUCACUUCUCCUCAUCCCUUUUGGGCUGAGUUUUAUAAUGUGUUAAUAGUGCUGGUCAGUAAUAUCAUACUUCAGUAAGUAUUCCAUCUUUAUGGACUACAACCUAAAAUUCCCUUAGGUUCUUUUCAAACAGAAGAAAAAAUUAGUUUUUUAAAUUCCCUACUUUAUCAUAAUAAUAGUAAUAAUAAUAAUAGCUCACUUUCUUACCUAGCACUUUAAGGUUUACAAAGCAUAUGUUUUCUCAGCUAAAUUCUUUAUACCAGAUUUUCUAAAUAAGUGAGGGGAAAUAGAUUUUUAAAAUAAUCUGAUUAACACUUCAUUUACCUUUUUGUCAAAUGUGGUUUAACCACAAAGAUUCUUAGUAGAACUUUUAACAAUUGGAUUCCAACUUAGGUUUGCCCGUAAAGGAGACUGGUGAAACAAGACAGUGCACCAUUCCAUAAGAAGAGUGGGACGUGCAUUCCUGGACGGCGAGAUCAGUCAGCAAGUAUUUACCAAGUACCUGCUAUGUGCCUGGCACUGUGCUGGCAAUGUAAAAACAGAAAUGAAAUCUCCACCCUACAAGAGCUUACAUUUUAUUUGGGAAGGACUUAAUACAUGCUAAGCAUAUAAGAGACACAACGAAGUAAAAAAAUUUGAGAAUCCUUCCUCAACUUUACCAUCCUUUCCCAGGGCUACCCACUUCCCUGACAGGUAAAUUACAGCGAUAAUCUCUGGCAUUUUAUCUAGCUAGAGUAUUACCUUAUGCCAGAUAUGCCAAUGUUUGAAACCAAAAUGUUUUCCAAACUACUGCCCGUAUGGAGAAGUUUAAGCAUUAGACUUUCCAUGUUUAACACACAAGAAUAUUUUCAAAGUACAUUGAAAAAUGACCCUAUUAUUGGUAGAGUUGGAUUGGAUAGAGGUUAAAGCUGUGAAUCCAUUAGCGUAGGGAACUUCGAAGUUGAGGGAACUACCUGUGCACCUUGGCACCUUCUCUACAACUUAAAGUCUAAGUUGUCCAGAGUACUGGGAAGUUAAAUGACUUAUCUAGGAUCACACAGGCAGGCCAACUCUGUUCACUCAACCAUACUACCCAGUUGAAAUACAGGAAUUGCAGGUUCUAAGUGACUUCCCCAGGCCUAGCCUUUUGGACUUGGAUUCAUGGUGGCUUAAUUUUUCUAAGGAAUUGUUGAAAAAACUAGAAGUAUUAAAAAUUAAUUAUUUGAACCACAUUCAUUCCUCGUUAAUAGCUAUGACCUCAGCACUAGUUUCGAAUUGAAAUUAGGAAACUAUCUCUAGCCAUGCCUGGACCUUAGGCCACUGAUGAGGUAAAAACUAUUGUUAAGCAUUAUUAUGCUUUUGUGUGUUCCCCUCAGCACUUGUUAAGAAUAUGUAUGGGUAAAUGAUUUCUUCUUUACAUCAUCAACUUGAGGUUGUUUCUAUGCAAAAAUCUGUCACUGUUUUCAAUCAGUAUUUUCUCUCAAACUUCACUUUGAAUUAGGACUAAAUAUUCAACUUAAGAUAGAGAUAAAAAUAAUGACAUAGCAUUUUAUUUUUAACUCUCUUGCCUUAUCAGAAAUAAGCACCAAUUUAGAGAGAACUGAACCAUUUACACCUACUUAUCUUUAAAAUCUGUUAAUGCUUCAUUGCAGGGAUUCUUAACUUUUUUUUUAAAAAUAUGGACCCCUUUGGCAGUCUGGUGAAGCCUAUGUACCUCUUCUCAGAAUAACGUUUCUAAAUGCAUGAAAUAAAAUACAUAGGAUCACAGAGGAAACCAAUUAUAUUGACACACUGUUAUAAAAAACAUUUUCUAGCCUAACAAGUUCAUGGAUCCCAGGUUAAUCUCUGAUUUAUAGGAUGAAUUUGGAGUUCAGCUGAUUGUUUCUGAUUUGAGAUACCUAACUUUUAAAAUGCAAAUUGUUGAUUUAAACUUUGUUAUAUUGAUGUCAAAAAGAAUAGGUAAGAGUUUUAGUUUGAAAAUGUUUCUGUAAAAGUACAGUAAAACUUCUGUAAAAAUACAGUAAAACUUCAUUAAUUUGGACAAUUUGAGGAGAUCAAUAUGAAUUGCAGAAUGUUUUAAAAAUAGAUGCAGUUGCCCAUAGUGGUAGAACAUACCUGUAAUCCAGGCUACCAGAGGAGGCUGAUUCAGGUGGAUCACUUGAGUCUGGGAGUUAAACUGCAGUGGGGCUAAAGUCAAUCAGGUGUUCACACUAAGUCCAGUACCAGUACUGGGAGAGGAGGGGGUCCACCAGUCUGCCUAGGGUAGGCAGGCUUAGGUCAGGAAUGAGUCAAAAUUCUCAUAUUGAUCAAUAGGUGGAUCAGCUCAUCAGUGGACACUACCGUUCCAUCUGGAUGAGACAGGAGGACUCAGCCUCAAAAACUGUAGUCUUAAAAACUUUAAGUACACACUAUUUCCGUUAUGUUCCAUGGGCCCUGUAUCCUAGAAAGGGCCUAUUGGAUCUGUCUCAUUGAACAUAUGGUUGAUUUAUGUCAAUAUCAUUUGUAGGUAAACAGUUUAAUGAAAUUUUUAACAAUUCAUUUGAGUUAAACUUACCCUUUAUAAUCUUACAUAACUUUUGCUAGUAGACCCUUUCAUAUUAUAAUGCAAAGCUCAUAUGAAUAUGUUCCAGAUUAGUCCAAAUCAAGGAGGUUUUACUGUACUGCAAUUUAGAAAAGUAUUUUAGCUCUUUACUUACUGAAUUCAUGUUAUAUGUACUAAAACUUAACUAUAGGGAAGCAUGAUGUUUACAGAUUGUCAGCUGAUUGGCCAGUCCUUUUUAUUUGAUGGAAAAAAGGAAAUUGUUUAUGUUAAAAAAAUUGUUUAACAAGGUACUUGUGUGAUUCCUUUCCCCAUGGUGCCAUGAAUGAUGGUGAAGCCAGAUUGAGAUUUUAUUUGGUUUGAUAGUUUACAUUUCUGGGAAUAUUUAAUUAAUUCCUUAGUUCCCCUCACCCCUAUUCACUUUGCUGUAAUUCUCAUUUUGACAUAAAUCACACAAAAAGUGAUUUACUUAAAAAUGUGUAAGGCAUUCCAGAAUUUUUAAAGGAAAGAUGUCAUUAACUGGUAACAUCAGCAUUUAUAAGACAAAACCCAAGCUGACUGCCCAUCAGGCUUUUUCUAGGGGCCUUGUGAAAGUCAACAAUUUUUGAAGGUUCCUGCCUUUAGUUAAACUGUAUUGUUUCAGGUCAGUAUUGUGUACAAUGCUAUGUUUAAAUAUUUUAAAAUGUUCAUGUGAAAAUAAAAAUGCCAAAGAACUUGUACAACGGUUUAAGAAGUGAAGAUGGACUAUACAAAAAGCAAAGAUAAUUGCACUUCAGUAAUAAAUAUCCUUUUCUAGGACUAUGUGGGAUUUGACCAUGAAAGAUUUUAUUCACGUGGAGGACUCAUAAAUAUUUUAAAGCUGUAACAACCUGCUGACAAUCUUAAUUUUACUAAUUAUUCUACCAUCUUGAAAUUUUAUACUUCCUGUCUUAGUUCUUAAGCCAAGAUUUCAUAAUUAAUAAACACUGUUAGAGUUGUGCCAGGAUCAGUGAUACUCGGUGAAUAAAGGUGUUUUAGGUGGUAAAACAAAUUGUUGCUGACAAAUUUCAGACUUGAUACUUACAUUGUUCUCAAAAACAAAAUUUCACCGAAUGAAAUACUUGCUUAUACUCAAACUACUUUAAUAGCAAAUUAAAUAUUUUAAUAAAAAAGUUUUAAAGUA